GAGAGCAAGAGCUUAAAGGCAAAGGAAAAUGUAAGAAGACAGGUAGGACAAAAGAAACACAUGGCAUAAGACUACAAACAUGUGACAUGGGGGAGCUGAGAAAUUCCAGAAGUACUCGGAGAACUAGCAGCCUCAAAUAAGGAGGUUCCAGUUUGCGUCACUGGAAACUCCUUAAGACAAUUAGACGUUCUUCUCAUCAAAGGAAGAAAAAUACAGGCACGGAUUAUGAUAGACCAAGCCAUGUGAUCUGGAUGUUCGAAAGUGGCUGUAAGGGAAAGAAAAUGUGGAUCACCAAAGUUGACAGGACAUGCACUAAGGAAGAGAAGAGGUGCUGGACUUACUUACACUCCGGGAGGACUGGACAAGUCUGAGCUAGUGGUACGUUCAUAAAGAGCUGAAACAGAAACCACAGCUUUCUAUCUUCUAACGUUCCGUUCCAUAGCGGAUAUGUUCAUCUGAGUCUUGGAUUAAGUUAAGUUUAGAUUUAGUUUUUUAAAACAUAUUUUUGUAUUGGCUAGUUUAUUAAAACCUAUAUAUAUAUGAGACAUAAUACAGUAGAACAAUGCCUCCUGUUAAAGAAGAAGAUUUGUUGUCACCGUCGGAAUGCUGAUAGAUCUGAUUAGCACGCAUAUUUGAGCUUGUGGGUCACUGCACAUAAACAGAACAAGACAAGGACUGCCUCUUCUCCAGCUCCAAGGCUAACAGACCGCUAGGGUUUAUCCAUUUACCUGCGUGUGGAAAAGAAGGAGACGAAGAAGAAGACAGAGGGAAAAGAUAAGCAGGACUCACUAUACUAAAAAAAAAACCCCACAACCUCAGAACGAGCAAUAGGCAGAAGAUAUCUUUAACUGCAUUUGUGCAUUCUGGGACACGGAGUCAUUCUGAGAUGCUGUGAUUUUAAAACUGUAGGAGGGUGUGCAUCUGAGAAACGAGGACGCGAGAUAGAAGCGAGGAGGAGAGAAGAAGAUGCCUGAGAGCAAGCAGGCAGUCCACCGAACUGGGAGCUACCUCUCUAACUCUGCUUACAGAAAAAUAAAAAGGGUCCUGAGCUUCAGAAGGCGUGUGUUUGGGCAGAGGUUGGAGGAGACAGUGCUGUAUGAGCGUCGGUAUGGAGACCACAUGGCUCCUCUUGUGGUCGAACAGUGUGUGGACUUCAUCAGGGAGCAGGGCUUGAUGGAAGUCGGGCUCUUCAGACAACCGGGCCAGGCAACGCUUGUCAAAGAGUUGCAAGAGGCUUUUGAUGCUGGUGAAAAACCUUCCUUUGAUAACAGCACAGAUGUCCACACAGUGGCCUCGCUGCUGAAGCUGUACCUUAGGGAGUUGCCUGAACCGUUAGUACCUUUCUCUCGCUAUCAAGAGUUUCUUAUAUGUGGCAAAAAAAUCUCCUCAGACAGGGAACAGGGAUUGAUAGAAUUACGAGACCUUCUUCACGAGCUCCCUGUAGCUAAUUUUAAACUGCUGAAGUACAUCUGUCAGUUCUUGAAUGAGGUCCAGUCCUUCUCUAGCACCAAUAAGAUGAGUAUCCAAAACUUAGCAACUGUCUUUGGACCAAACAUUCUUCGACCUAAAGCUGAAGACCCUGAAAGUAUAAUUGGGGGUACGGCUGUAGUGCAGCAUUUGAUGUCAGAGCUGAUCAGAGAGCACAAUGUGCUCUUCUCAAGAGGAAACAACCACAAGACACCAGGGACAUCUGGACCAGUUUUUGCUUCUACACAUAGACAAGGCAGCCAGGUAGGCUGGCUGCACACCAAGCCUACUACUCAUCCAAGAGAGACUCAGCUAGAAAUGAACAGUGGGUGUGUGGCCCAACCCGCUCAGACUUUUAAGCCAUGCUCCCGGAAAUUCUCUCUACCUCUUAUGAAUGAACGGAGAUUUUCUUCACCGAAUUUUCACACUCCGCAUCACCUACCGGAGAUACAGCAGCAAAAAAUGGAAGUCUCUUCUCAGGCAAGCUCAGCUCUUAUUCAUGAAAACCACAGGCCAUCGAUCUCAUCACAGGAGCCUUCUCACUCUGGACUUGUGCCUUCCCUCACCACACCACCUACUGGCUCUUCCUCAACUAUUACAGAGGCAGAAGUUGUGCAUGAGGUCUGUUUGCAGUCGAAAAGCUGGCUUGGUCUGGAGCAAUGUGUCUGGGAGACGGACCGAGCUCUAGGGGACAGCGGUGGGAGCAGUGAAGCUAAGGACAGCACGUUAUCGGUGUAUGACAACAUGGUAACUGGGGUGCAGAUGGACGACUGCGUAGAAGAAGGGGAAGCUGGCACUGGGAUAGUAGACUUGGAGGGUGGUACUGCUAGAAUGGCUGACAGCACCAGUUCCUGGUCCUCCUGUGAGAUUCUGCUUGGGAAUGGGUUCUCUGGAAGUUGUGGAACGGCUAGCCCUUGCCACAGCUCUGUAUGUUUCCCUUCUUUCAGGUCAGACCUUGGGGAACGUGACUUGCACUCCAACUCCCCAACUUCUUCCACUGCCCCGACAGAUGCCCCACUGAGUACAGGUAGCAGUGAGGUUUUUCUUCCAAAUGCUCCAUCGGAUUCACAAGACCCCACUUCCUCUCAAGCGAUACAGUGCCUCCUGGUUGGCCUACGGCAACAAAUGGCCAGACAGAAAGCAGAGUACGAAGCCAAGAUCAACAGGUUGGAGCAGCGAAACGAGGCCCUCCAGGGGCAGGUAGCGGGACUGCGUGCAACUCUGGAGCAACAGCGCCGAAGCGUCAGCGUCACCGAAAUCAAGAUGCGGAACAUGGAACGAGCCCGGGCUGACGCAGACCGACGGAACGCUGCACUCCAACAAGAAAUGGAGCAGUUCUUCGACACGUUCGGAGAGCUGAACUCUGAAGCUCAGAAAACAGAGCGAAUCAUUCAAAGUUUCUGAGACUCGAUCUCUCGAUGCUUUCUUACUGGGACUUACUUUAGUGACACCUAAAAUUUCUUUUUUCUGGCAUGUACAAAUGUUAAAAUGUUGACUGGACCAAAGUGAGAGAGAAGGGGAAGGAUCCAAAGUAGUAAAAAAAUGAGACACGCAUGUCUGAAAAAUGCCAAUGAAGAAAAAAAAAAGACAAUGAAAUGAUCAAGCAUGGUGUUACAAAAUACACAAAGAAAGAGUCAAUUCUUGAGUGUACACUCAAUAACCUUGAGACUGUUUAAACCUUGAUGUAAGACUGAAGUCCUAAACUAACGAUUUAAGUGACAAAUUAAGAACAAUUGUAUUUAUAACCUUAAACAGUCACAUAGGUCUGUAUUUAAAAAUAAUAAAAAGAGGUCAUAAAAUAAAA